CACUCCGCCCAUCCCCUGGCUUUGCGAUCAUUGAACAGCUGCCGCCCGAGGGCUGGGUAAAUCCUUCUCGGCCGGAAUGAUUAGCCGAGGGGGCGGCCCCGCCCCCGGCUCCUCUUGGCCUCGCGCCCCGCCCCCGUGUCCCGCCCGCCUGCCCGCCCGCCUGCCUGGCUGUGGGGUGACACGGGGCUUCUCCUAAGGAAGGGGGCGAGGGAAGCAGGUUAGACUGCGGCCGAGCGGCGGCGGCGCGGCCCCCAAUAUUCAUUUAAUUGCCCAGCUACCACUGAUGACGAUAUGUUGGAGUAACUGCUGAAACUGCCUUUUUUUUUUGACAGUCCAUUUGUUUUACUUCUUUUUGCUUUUCCUGCUACUAUGAGCUUUACUGUAAUGACUGAAAAACUUAGAAAAUAAAAUGAACAUGCUGUAGUCUUGAACAUAAUUUUUUUAAAGAAAAAUUAAAGUACCAGAGCGAAAGCCAGAAUGGCAUCCAGAGAGAGGCUUUUUGAACUUUGGAUGCUUUAUUGUACAAAGAAAGAUCCAGAUUACCUGAAGCUAUGGUUGGACACUUUUGUUUCUAGCUAUGAACAAUUUUUAGACAUUGACUUUGAAAAGCUGCCUACCAGGGUAGAUGAUGUGCCUCCAGGAAUAUCUCUGCUUCCUGAUAAUAUUCUGCAGGUUCUGAGGAUCCAGUUGCUACAGUGUGUUCAGAAAAUGGCAGAUGGGUUAGAGGAGCAACAGCAAGCCUUGUCAAUUUUGCUUGUCAAGUUCUUCAUUAUUCUUUGCAGAAAUCUAUCCAAUGUGGGAGAAAUUGGAACUUGCUCGUACAUUAAUUAUGUCAUCACCAUGACAACACUCUAUAUUCAGCAAUUAAAAAGCAAAAAGAAAGAGAAGGAAAUGGCAGAUCAGACAUCUAUUGAAGAAUUUGUGAUCCACGCAUUGGCAUUUUGUGAAAGUUUAUAUGAUCCAUAUCGGAAUUGGAGACAUAGAAUUUCAGGACGAAUCCUUAGUACUGUGGAAAAGAGCAGACAGAAAUAUAAACCAGCUUCUCUCACAGUGGAAUUCGUUCCUUUCUUUUAUCAAUGUUUUCAGGAAAGUGAACAUCUCAAGGAGAGUCUUAAGUGUUGCUUAUUGCAUCUCUUUGGAGCCAUUGUAGCUGGUGGGCAGAGGAAUGCUUUGCAAGCAAUUUCUCCAGCCACUAUGGAAGUUCUUAUGCGAGUUUUGGCAGAUUGUGAUUCCUGGGAGGAUGGAGAUCCUGAAGAAGUGGGUAGGAAGGCAGAACUAACUCUGAAGUGCCUUACACAAGUGGUACAUAUCCUUCUCAGUAGCAACUGUGAUCAACGUCAAGUGGAAACUAGUACUAUUCUGGAGAACUAUUUUAAGUUGCUAAAUUCAGAUCCUUCAGCUUUACCUAAUCAAAGAAGGUCCAGACAGUGGGAAAGCCGAUUUAUUGCUCUACAGAUCAAAAUGCUAAAUACCAUCACAGCCAUGUUGGAUUGUACAGAUAGACCUGUUCUUCAGGCUAUUUUUCUUAACAGCAAUUGCUUUGAACAUCUCAUACGACUGCUACAGAACUGCAAGCUAUUUUUAAAUGCUAACAAUAAGGUGGCAGACAAGAACGAGAAAGACCUUGCCAACAAAUUACUGACAGAAAUGAAUGAGGACCAGGUGUUUCAGGGACAAUUGGAUUGUUUGGCCAUAUCAACCAUUCAGGCUUUGACAGCAGUAAUGAACAAAUCUCCAGCCGCUAAGGAAGUAUUUAAAGAAAGAAUUGGUUAUACACAUAUGUUUGAAGUAUUAAAAUCCCUGGGUCAGCCACCACCGGAAUUACUUAAAGAACUUAUGAAUAUGGCUGUAGAGGGUGACCACACUUCAGUUGGGAUUUUGGGCAUAAGUAAUGUCCAACCUCUCUUGCUUCUUAUCCAGUGGCUUCCAGAAUUACAAUCUCAUGACCUACAAAUCUUCAUCUCUGAUUGGCUGAAAAGAAUUUGUUGUAUUAACAGGCAGAGUCGAACUACUUGUGUCAAUGCAAACAUGGGAAUUAGAAUCAUUGAAACACUUGACUCCCAUUCUUCCCUCCAUCAAACUUGUGCUGAGAACUUGAUUGCAAUCCAUGGUUCCUUGGGGAGUCAGUCAGUGAGCUCAGAAGAAAUCCGUCGACUAAUAAGAUUGCUGAGAGUGGAUGAAUCUGAGUCUGUUCACCCUUAUACCACUCCUGUGACUCGAGCAGUGCUGACAAUGGCCCGAAAACUAAGUCUAGAGAGUGCCUUACAGUAUUUCAAUUUGUCACAUAGUAUGGCAGGAAUUUCUGUGCCUCCCAUACAGAAAUGGCCGGGGUCUGCCUUUUCUUUCAGUGCUUGGUUUUGCUUAGAUCAGGAUCAAUUGACUCUUGGCAUUGCUAACAAAGGAGGGAAAAGGAAACAAUUGUACAGUUUUUUUACAGGAAGUGGCAUAGGUUUUGAAGCCUUUAUUACACAUUCAGGUAUGUUGGUCGUGGCAGUGUGCACAAAAAGAGAAUAUGCAACGGUUAUGCUUCCUGACCACAGUUUCUGUGAUUCCCUCUGGCACAACAUAACCAUUGUCCACAUGCCUGGAAAAAGGCCCUUUGGUCAGAGCUUCGUCUAUAUCUAUGACAAUGGACAACAGAAGGUUUCUGCCCCUAUCAGAUUUCCUGCCAUGAAUGAACCCUUUACUUCCUGUUGCAUUGGUUCAGCUGGGCAAAGAACCACCACUCCUCCACCAUCCCAGAUCCCAGAUCCACCUUUCUCUUCUCCUGUUACCCCUCAUCGGACAUCAUUUGGUGGAAUUCUGUCAUCAGCUUCCUGGGGAGGAACAAAUGAAAAAUCAAAAUUGAUUACCAAAUUGAUAUCAGCUGGAACCCAAGACAGUGAAUGGGGGUGUCCCACAUCUCUAGAGGGUCAGCUAGGAUCUGUUAUCAUCUUCUAUGAAGCGCUACAGGCUCCUCAAGUGAAGGCAUUGUAUUUAGCAGGUCCAAAUUGUUUAAGCCCUUGGAAGUCUCAAGAGUCUGACAUGGCUGACCUGCCUGGUAACAUCCUUCUUUACUACACAGCAAAGGCCUGCAAAAAUUCAAUCUGUCUUGAUUUAUCUACUAAUUGUUUGCAUGGAAGAUUAACAGGAAACAAAGUAGUGAACUGGGACAUUAAGGAUAUCAUAAACUGCAUAGGCGGGUUAAAUGUACUCUUUCCUUUAUUGGAACAAAUCAGCCACUUUAGUGAAGGACAGAUUCCUGAAGAAAAGAAUGAAAGCACAGUUCCUGAAUCAGUAACACCUGUUGAAGGAGAUGGGCUCAUAUUGACUUCCACAAAGGCCUCAGAGUCAAGACUAGAGAGAAACCUAGUUGCAACAUUUAUCUUGAUUGUGAAACAUUUUAUUCAGAGACACCCUAUCAACCAGGACAAUCUUAUUCACUCCCAUGGAGUUGCAACUCUUGGUGCUUUACUUCAGAAGGUGCCAAGCACCUUGAUGGAUGUUAAUGUGUUGAUGGCAGUUCAGUUACUAAUUGAACAAGUAUCAUUAGAGAAAAAUGUGCAGCUCCUGCAACAAAUGUAUCAAUAUUUACUCUUUGACUUUCGUAUUUGGAACCGUGGAGAUUUUCCCUUUCGAAUUGGUCACAUACAGUAUCUUUCAACCAUCAUUAAAGACAGCAGGAGAGUUUUCCGAAAGAAGUUUGGUGUGCAGUUUCUUCUAGAUACACUUAGGAUUUAUUAUGGGAAUGGUUGUAAAUAUAAUGAACUAUCUCUAGAUGAUAUUCGAACAAUAAGGACUUCUUUGUAUGGACUAAUUAAAUAUUUUCUGUGCAAAGGUGGAUCUCAUGAAGAGAUACAAAGUAUUAUGGGGUACAUAGCUGCUAUUAAUGAAGAAGAACAGCUCUUUGGAAUUUUGGAUGUACUGUUCAGUCUCCUACGCACCAGCCCAAGUCGAGGUCAGCUUUUCUUACUGCUCUUUGAACCAGGAAAUGCUGACAUACUGUAUGCCUUGCUCUUAAACCAGAAGUACUCUGACAGACUAAGAGAAAUCAUUUUUAAGAUUAUGGAACAAAUGUUGAAAUGCACGAAUGUUUAUGAGCGUAGUAAACAACAUAUUCGACUCAGAGACGUUGGCUACUCAGGACUGGGACUCCUUCUUAAUGAAGCACUUGUUAAUACUUCUCUCAUUAAAAACCUCACCAAUCAAAUCAUAAAUACAGAUCCUGUUAUUCAUUUCAAAGAUCUAUUAUCUGUGGUAUAUAUAUCUCACAGAGCACAUAUAAAUGUUAGAGUGGCCAUCUGCAGAAAGGUUUUACAAAUUUUGCAGUUUCACCCAGAUGCAGCACAUCAAAUAUCACAACAAGUGGGGUGGCAAGACACCUUAGUGAGGCUUUUUUUAAAAGCAAAAUUUGAAAAUGGAAAUAUUCUUCAUAAGCACAGUAGAGCUGUUUUAAUGAAAGACAAUGAUAAGUAUAUGUCAACUGAAGAUACUAAGAAGAACUUUGAUGAAAAAACAGAUGAGGAAAAAAUCACCUCUUUUUCCUCAGCUAAAGUGUCUUCGGAUCAGUGGAGUUUGGAGGAUAGACACUCUUUAGACUCAAACACACCAUUAUAUCAAGAAGAUAGCUCUAUGGGAGAAUUGUCUUUCAAAUCAGAGAAUCAAGAAGAAUUCUGGCAUAGCAACCCUUCACAUUUCCGUUUAGAUCUCAGUGGAAUUGACUCAUGUGAAAUGAGUGAUAGUGGAAGUCAAGUGCCAGACAGUCUGCCUAGCACACCAUCGCCAAUAGAGUCUACUAAAUCAUUUUCUGUGCACUCUGGCAAAGAAAGCAGCAUCACAAAUGAUAUGGGCUUUAGUGAUGACUUCUCUUUACUUGAAAGCCAAGAGAGAUGUGAGGAAGAGCUUCUUCAAUUACUGACAAAUAUUUUGAAUUACGUAAUGUGUAAGGGACUAGAAAAGUCUGAUGAUGAUACUUGGAUUGAACGAGGACAAGUAUUUUCAGCACUAAGUAAACCAGGAAUAUCCAGUGAGCUACUUCGACCAUCAGAUGAAAUAAAACUAAUUUUGCUACAAAAGAUGUUAGAAUGGGCAGUCUCAGAAAACAGAGAAGCAAAAACUAAUCCAGUAACUGCUGAAAAUGCCUUCCGACUAAUGCUGAUAAUACAGGACUUUCUUCAGUCAGAGGGACUAGUUAAUCCAAACAUGUGGACUGAGAAGCUUUUAGAGGAUAUGAUGUUGCUCUUUGACUGUCUGUCAGUCUGGUAUUCUGAAAAUCCAUUAUGGGUAAAACUCUCUCAAAUUCAGAUCCAGUUGCUUCUAGGAUUCAUCGGAAGGGGUAAUUUACAGGUUUGUGCAAUGGCAUCAGCUAAGCUAAAUACCCUUCUUCAGACCAAAAUGUUUGAAAAUCAGGAUGAAGCAUGUUACAUUUUAGGGAAGCUGGAACAUGUUUUAAGUCAAUCCAUCAAGGAACAGACUGAAAUAUACUCGUUUCUGAUUCCUCUUGUUCGUACCCUGGUUUCCAAAAUUUAUGAGCUUCUCUUCAUGAACUUGCACCUACCUUCUUUACCUUUUACCAAUGGUAGCUCCUCAUUUUUUGAAGAUUUUCAAGAAUAUUGUAAUUCAAAUGAAUGGCAAGUUUACAUUGAAAAAUAUAUUGUACCUUACAUGAAGCAGUAUGAAACUCAUACAUUUUAUGAUGGUCAUGAGAACAUGGCACUUUAUUGGAAAGAUUGUUAUGAAGCUUUAAUGGUAAAUAUGCAUAAACGAGACCGGGAAGGAGGGGAAAGCAAGCUCAAAUUUCAGGAGCUGUUUGUGGAGCCAUUUAAUCGAAAAGCACGCCAAGAGAACUUGAGGUAUAAUAAUAUGCUUAAACAACUUAGCAGUCAACAGUUAGCCACUGUUAGACGCUGGAAAGCAAUACACCUCUAUCUUACAUGUGAAAGGGGACCUUGGGCUAAAAGGAAACAGAAUCCAAUUCAUUGGAAGCUAGCUAAUGCAGAGAAUUAUUCCCGCAUGAGACUUAAGCUGGUACCGAAUUAUAAUUUCAAAACCCACGAGGAAGCUAGUGCCUUAAGAGAUAAUCUGGGUAUCCAACACCCACAGCCUUCCAGUGAUUCAUUGCUUUUGGAAGUAGUGAAACAAGUGAAAGUUAGUGAUAUGGAGGAGGAUAAAUUAGACCUUCCUGAAGAGGAUAUGACAGCUAGAGUAAAUAUUGAUGAGAAAGAAGAACAGGAACAAAAAGAAAAAUUGAUAUUGAUGGAAGACUGUGAACUCAUUACCAUAAUUGAUGUAAUUCCUGGCAGAUUAGAAAUCACUACUCAGCACAUUUACUUCUAUGAUGGCAGCAUUGAAAAAGAAGAUGGAGUAGGCUUUGAUUUCAAGUGGCCUCAUUCUCAAAUUCGAGAGAUUCACCUCCGGCGUUACAACUUAAGAAGAUCAGCCCUUGAGAUUUUUCAUGUUGACCAAUCCAACUACUUUCUCAAUUUCAAAAAAGAGGUUAGAAACAAAAUAUAUAGCAGACUGUUGUCACUUCAUUCUCCAAAUAGUUACUAUGGAAGCAGAUCACCACAGGAGUUAUUCAAAGCAUCAGGAUUGACACAGAAAUGGGUAAACAGAGAGAUAUCAAAUUUUGACUACCUUAUUCAAAUAAAUACAAUGGCAGGACGAACCUAUAAUGACCUUGCACAGUAUCCUGUGUUUCCCUGGAUUUUACAAGAUUAUACUUCAGAAGAGUUGGACCUGAAUAACCCUGCUGUAUUUCGAGAUCUUUCCAAACCAAUUGGGGUAGUUAAUGAUAAAAAUGCCAAAGCUAUGCGAGAAAAAUAUGAAAAUUUUGAGGAUCCUAUGGGAACUAUUGAUAAGUUUCAUUAUGGUACUCACUAUUCAAAUUCUGCGGGGGUCAUGCACUAUCUCAUUCGUGUAGAACCAUUCACCACCCUCCACAUCCAACUUCAGAGUGGAAGGUUUGACUGUGCAGAUCGACAAUUCCAUUCUAUUCCUGCUACCUGGCAAGCUCUCAUGGAUAAUACAUAUGAUGUGAAAGAACUUAUUCCUGAAUUCUUCUAUUUUCCAGAGUUUUUGGAAAAUCAAAAUCAAUUUAACUUGGGUCGUCUGCAAGUUUCCAAAGAAUUAGUAAAUGAUGUCAUUCUCCCCAAAUGGGCUAAGUCAGCUGAAGAUUUCAUCUAUAAACAUAGGAAAGCUUUGGAAUGUGAAUAUGUUUCAGCUCAUCUUCAUGAAUGGAUAGAUCUGAUCUUUGGCUAUAAACAGAGGGGACCAGCUGCAGUAGAGGCGCUCAACGUUUUCUAUUAUUGUAGUUAUGAAGGAGCUGUGGAUCUGGAUGCCUUAACAGAUGAGAAAGAAAGAAAAGCCUUAGAAGGGAUGAUUAAUAAUUUUGGGCAAACACCUUGUCAACUAUUAAAGGAACCUCACCCUCCAAGAUUAUCAGCAGAAGAAGCAGUACAGAAGCCGACCAAAAUAGACACUUCGACCCUAAACCUGUUUCAACACCUCCCUGAACUCAAGUCAUUUUUUAUAGAGGGGAUUAGUGAUGGUAUUCCACUAUUAAAGGCCACUGUCCCCAAAAAUCAGUAUCGUUCUUUUAUGUCUCAAGGCAGCCCUGAGUUACUGAUAACAAUAAGUAUGAAUUAUGUAAUUGGAACCCAUGGAUGGUUGCCUUAUGACAGAAACAUUUCUAAUUACUUUACAUUCAUCAAGGAUCAAACUGUGACAAAUCCGAAAACUCAGCGCAGUAUGAAUGGUCCUUUUGCUCCUGGGCUAGAGGUCACUUCUAAGCUAUUUGUAGUAUCACAUGAUGCAAAGUUGCUCUUCAGUGCUGGAUACUGGGAUAAUAGCAUUCAAGUGAUGUCACUUACAAAAGGCAAAAUUAUCUCACACAUCAUCCGGCAUAUGGAUAUUGUGACUUGCUUGGCUACAGAUUACUGUGGAAUACAUUUGAUUUCUGGUUCCAGAGAUACUACAUGUAUGAUAUGGCAAAUAACACAACAGGGAGGUGUUCCUGUGGGCCUAGCAUCUAAACCUUUUCAGAUUCUUUAUGGACACACCGAUGAGGUAUUGAGUGUCAGCAUCAGCACUGAGCUAGACAUGGCAGUGUCAGGAUCAAGGGAUGGAACUGUGAUUAUACAUACGAUUCAGAAAGGUCAGUACAUGAGGACGUUACGACCACCUUGUGAAAGUUCUCUGUUCCUGACCAUUCCCAAUUUGGCUAUAUCUUGGGAAGGACAUAUUGUUAUCUACUCCAGCAUUGAAGAAAAGACCACCCUCAAGGAUAAGAAUGCAUUACAUCUGUUUUCUAUAAAUGGCAAGUAUCUAGGGUCUCAAAUUUUGAAGGAACAAAUAUCAGAUAUAUGUGUAAUUGGAGAAUACAUUGUCACAGGAAGCUUACAAGGAUUCCUGUCUAUAAGAGAUCUCCACAACUUGAAUCUCAGCAUCAACCCAUUAGCCAUGCGAUUACCUAUCCAUUGUGUUUGUGUAACCAAAGAAAACAGCCAUAUUCUUGUAGGUUUAGAAGAUGGCAAAUUGAUUGUAGUAGGUGUUGGCAAGCCAGCUGAGAUGCGUUCAGGUCAGCUUUCUCGAAAAUUGUGGGGAUCGAGCAAGCGGCUUAGCCAGAUUUCAGCUGGAGAAACUGAAUAUAAUACUCAAGAUUCUAAGUGAUUGUUAUUCCAUUUUCUGUUAUGAUUACUGAAACCUGAUUUAUUGCUUUUCACUUAAACCAUAUCUCUCAACUCUGCAAUGUUGCAAGGCUUUUAUCCCUGAAAAUCAUUUAGGAUAACCUCAAUUUACUGUGGUAUAUAAACUAAUUCUUGGUCUAUACUAAGAUGGAUUUGAGAAAAUUGAUUUGAUUUGAUUUGGUGGCCCAUUCCUAAAGGUCAUUGUAUGCAUUUUUAAAACAAAAUUCUAAGAUAAGAAAAUUAGGUUCAAUUUGGUUAUUAUUCCAAAUGAUAAAAUUUAGGAUUUUUCUAACAAAAGAGUACAGAUAAUGGGACAGUUGAGAGAGAUGGCUUUAUAUACAUUCUUAAGUAAUCAUUUUCCUAUUUACUGACCACUAUAAUAAAAAUAUAUCAGUUUAUUUAUUGACUCCUGACUGGGGAUAAUGUUUUAAAGGUUUCUGUUGCACACUUGGAUUUUCAGAACUCAAUAAAAGUUACAGGUUUGCGUAGUAAGAAUAAAAUAAGAAUAUUGAAACUGGUACAUUAGCUCAUUCUACUACUACUUAGCAUGUUACUAACGAGAAGUUACUGAAAUCUAUUAUUGUCCUUAAAUAAUAAAAACUGAGUAGAAAAAGAGGAACUAGAGAUACAUUUUACAGAUGUAUUUCCUUAAUAAUUUAAUUAAGCAAAAGUGUUAAUUGUGAUUUUGACAGUUGGGUCUUUUAAGUAGCAUUUGCAGCACAAUUUACAUUUGCAAAGUACAGAAUUUCUUGACUCCUUUGCUAAGCAAAUACUGUUUUACUCUAAUAAUUUUUUUAAAAAUUCUAUUUUGUGUUUUAGGAUUAUAGCUAAUUUUAUUAUAUAAUGUUAAAUGUUAAGUUAUGCUUGAUUACUAAGAUCUUAAAGUAAAAACCUGAUUUAUUUAAUUUGGAAUUCAAAGACAUUGUUAAACUUAGAUUUUUUUUGUAAGAUUAUCUUUUGGGUUGGGUCAGAGAGGUUUUACAACUACCAGUGUUUUUAAUCCAAGAUUCCAUGUAUUUGAGGGAGCUUGUGAAUCCCUUUGAAAUUUUGCAGAGAUUUUGUAUGUUAAAUGCAUUUUCAGGAUGGAAUGGUUACAUGGCUUUCUUUAAAGGGAUCUGUGACCAGGAAAAAAAAAAAAGCUUUUAAAAUCAAGUAAUAAUAUUCUUUUUUGUUCCACAAAUCAUAGAUGUCCUUACAUCCAAUUGCCUUCUUAACUGAAUCUUAGAGAAAUUAUUCCUUUGCAAUUUCACUCUCCUGUUGACCACAGUAUCCAGUGCCCUUUUCUUUAUAGUCUUUUGAGUGAGUAAAAUAAAUAAAUAAGGAAUAAAUUAUUCUGUUUUGGGAAACUUUUGAAUAGAUUUGAUUUGAUGUGAGUCAGGGCUAGUAAAAAGCUAUAGAAGAAUUUUCUUUCUAAUAAGUAAAAAUCUUCUGUUUUAUUAAGGAAAAAAUAGCUAUGUUUAAGGUAAAUAACUGAAAUAAACUGGAUACAACAAUUGUGAAGUAUAACAUAUGUAAAUGUAAAGGUGUCUUAAGACUUCAGGAAUUUGUAUUGAAAAAAGUCUCAAAAUAAGUUCAGUGGCAAUAAUCAUACAUAAGUGAGACUGGCUAAUUUUCAUGUAUUCUUUUUUGGGGAGAUGGGAGGCUUCAAUCCAGUGCUUUACCCAUGGUGCCACCAUGGCUAUCUUAUUUUCAUCUUACAGUUUUUAAGGAGAUUUCAAGUCAGCAUGACUAACAUGAUUGAUUUUUAGUUUUUAAAAUAUUGAUUUUUUUGGAAACUUUCUGAAUCAAAACGAAGUUUUAUUUUGUUAUUUAUCUGGAUAUUUUGAUUUAAAAGUGUCUUAUUUUUAAGUUUACUUAAUAUUGGAUUUGAAAGUUAUUUUGGAUGCUUAUAAGUUUUCUAAAAUUAGAAAAAAAUAUGCCUAAAUGUUUUACUAUGCUGCUUUUUAGAUGGAAGAAAUAAGCAGUUUUUAUUUUAUAGUACAAAUAAGUUUUGCUCACAAUAUAAUAGAUAUCCUACCUAGACUAAUACUAAAUAUACACAGUAGUGGAUUUAUUCCUUAUAUUGCUUUGUUCCAAAAAGUUAAAACCAAAAAUGUAGAAUUUAAAGAAAAAUAUUUGAGAAUACUAGCAACAGUCUAGAGAAUGGAACUUAAAUGUUAUCUAUUAAAAGAAGCAAAUAGAAGUAUUAGCUGAAUAAUAAAUUACUCAUUUAAAGAGUAUAGCCUACUAAAUUACUAGAUAAAAUAAUUGUAAAGAAGUACUUUUGAGAUGUUAUCCAUAGAAAUUAGUCAUAAUGUAAUGGGAGAAAUGAGUAGUAUCAUUAGAAUGAAAUAACAGGUGAACACUUCAGUUAGUGAAUAUAGUAUGUCAGUUUGACUUACAGAGUCUGUAAUCUUUGCACAACUUUUAAUCUGCUUUUGUUUCUUGAUACUGAUGAUGACGAAAAUAAAAAUCUCAGCAUCCUGGUGAUAGGAAGAGAUUUAUACCAAGAUAAUUAUUUUACUUUUGGAAAAUGAGAUCAAAUAUUAAAACAUGUAAUAGCUGUGCACACUUAGAGAAUAAAGAAGCUUUAUAAAAUUUUUUUUACAACUGUUUUCAAUCAGUAUUUUUGUCAUUACUCAGAUAAAAUUGAAAGAAGGAAAAAUAGAUCAGAGCACAAAAAUCAGGAAAGUUUAUAAAAAUGAAGGUUGGCUAGUUGGUUUAGUCUUUCUUUUCAGCCUGUGAAACUCAUGUCUGUUUUUAAGAAGUUAAUACAAAAUUAAAAUCUAUUAACUUUUUUUAGGUCAUAGUGCAGCGCAUCCUUUUGCAGAAGAAAAAAUACCAAGUGUUCGUUCUGUCAUUAGCAAGGAACACCAGUGAGGUUUCUUUUUUUUCUCUAUUUAGGGCAUAUCAGAAUUAUCCUUCAGAGUACUCGUGUUGAAAAUCAGAUUUAUGCUUCUGAAAAGAAGUAUACUCUCAGAAUUAGAAUUUAGAUUUGAAGGUUGAAUCUUAAUCUAAGACUUUUUUGUUGUUGUUUAAUCUAAGACAUUUUAUAUUUUGUGUGAAAAGGAGUGGGCAGAGAAAACUUGUUAACUUGGAUACCAGAUUUUUAUUUAAUGAUGAUAGAGAUAUGACCUUUGCAUUUAUGUAUAUUUUAUAUUGUUACUACUAAAGAGAUCACUUAGGAAAUCUUGUAAUUGAACUUAAGGAAGUUAGCUCCUUUUGUAUAUUUAUAUUUAUAAAAUGAGUGGCAUUAUUCUUCACCACUUUCCAGUGAAAAGAUGCAAGUCCUAGGACUACAUUAAAUAUAAAUAUUAUAAUAUUAAAUAAUAUAUAAUAUGUAAUAUCAUGGGUGUCUGUGUAAAGGAUAUGUGUAAGGACUAGUCUUUUCAAAUAUAUAUAUUUAAACCUGUCUUCUGUAAACAGGCUCCUGAACCUAUCUUUAGGAUACAAUUUUUGACUGGGAUAUAAGAAAUUAAACAUGGGCCGGGCGUGGUGAUUCAUGCCUGUCAUCCCAGCACUUUGGGCGGCCGAGGUGGGCGGAUCACAAGGUCAAGAGAUCCAGACCAUCCUGGCCAACAUGGUGAAACCCUAUCUCUACUAAAAACAAAAACAAAAAUUAGCUGGGUGUGUUGGCAUGUGCCUAUAGUCCCAGCUACUUGGGAAGCUGAGGCAGGAGAAUCGCGUGAACCCGGGACAUGGAAGUUGCAGUGAGCCAAGAUUGUGCCACUGCACUCCAGCCUGGUGACAGAACAAGAUUCCAUCUCAAAAAAAAAAAAAGAAACAUGUUUUUCUGUUUCCUUCUUUUUUUGUUUUUAUCAUCAGCCAUACUCAUGGCUUACCCUAUGCAUUGUUCCUCUCAUCAGCUGAAACGUUUCCUCCCCAAUAGGUGAGCAAUCUUAAACAUUUUUAUCACCCUUAAAAAAAUCCAUUCUCAAUAUUCUUUUUGCUGAAUUUGUGUAUUGUGCAUACUCAACAUAUUAUUUGUUUUAAACUUGAUUCCAUCCAGAGCAUUGUUCUGUAGAGUUAUCCUGUAUUUAUCAGAGUGGUGUGUUAUUUUUCUUGAUAACAUUAGACAACCAUAUAGUAUUAUCAGUUGUCAUUUUAAUAUGAUUUAAAAUGUGGACCACAGCCUGCCUUCUUUAAUUUAAAUUUAGGCCAAGCAUGGUGGCACAUGCCUAUAAUCCCAGCACUUUGGAAGGCUGAGGUAGGAGGAUUACUUGAGCCUAGGAGCUCAAGUCCAUCCUGGGCAACAUAGUGGGCCCCCACCUCUACAAGACGGUUAAAAUUAGCCAUGCAUGGUGGCACAUGCCUGUAGUCCUAGCUACUUGGGAGACUGAGGUGAGGGGAUCACUUGAGCCUAGAGGUCAAGGCUGAAGAGCUGCAGGGAGCUCGCAUUGCACCACUGUACUUCAUCCUAGCUGACAGAGACCCGGUCUCCAAAAAACUUUUUUUUAAAUUUAAAUCUAGCAGUUUCUAGGCCAGUGGUUUUUUGUGUUUUGUUUUUUUUUUCCAAAUCCUCAAAAUAGUCUUUAUUCUACAUUUUUAGUAUAAAAAUUCUACAAGUUAAGUGCAUCACAGUGGAAAUAGAAACAUACAAUGCUGAACUUCCAUAACAGUCAGUGGUACAGUCAAAUAUCACAUGUACAGAACACACAAUUUAGAUGAACUGAAAUUAUAAGAUAAAAUCCAAUUUCAGAAAACAAAAAUCAAAACAUUAAGGAUUCUUGAAAUAUUCUUAAUCCUAAUGAGAUUUCACUGGACUCAAGUCAUUUGUUCACAGUACAAUUUGUAUGAUAUCUUUGUGUAAGCAUAGCUUAGUUUUCCUGGCACCAAAGCAAAUUUAGGUUAGGUUCAUGCAGGCAGGGACAACCUAUGAGGAGGGCCCAAAGGCACCCUCUGCUUUUGCCUGAGGAGAUGUGAAAGCAGAUCUGUGCUUGAGGCACAGAGGGAGUUUCAGAGGAUCCUUGUGAAAGACUAGUUAAAAGAUGACAAGUGGGAAGGAGUUCGAGGAAGGGAGGAAAUUAGUCUGACUGGCUUUCUGUCCUCCGUCUUUGAUUCAAUGGAGACUGGCAGGAGGAACUGGAAGACUAAGGUUGGAGAUGGGAUGGGUGGGCAAGGGAUGGAAAGGAAGAUGGGGACAACUAAUGGGUUCCAUUUAUAUCAAGUAAUAUAAAUCAAAGACCUAAAGGAGAUUAGAGGCCAAUCAGAAUAAUUUGACAACUUUAAUUCUUAGGAAGGUAAAGUUCCCUCCAAACCUAUUUUGAUGUUUUAUUACUAAACGCAAAGAGCAGUAUGGUACAUUAUUACUCCAGAGAAAUUAAAGGAAGAUCCUUAGGGCAGCUUCACCCACAUUCAUAUUAUGAUGGAUACCUCCCCUAGCUCAAAAUGCUUUAGGAAGGUACUGCUACCAUUACAUGGUUUUUUAUUAAAUUUGAAAAAUGCCUGGAAGUUUGGACACCAGAAAGACACCCAAAAACAUGUGUCUAAACUGCAACUUCAGGUUAAUAUGACUAGAGCAGUUACAUUGUGAGAAGUGCUGAAGGUAUGUUAUGUCUUUCCCGACACAAAGUUGACCUUGUUUCCUCAGCAGAUGGUGUAGCCACCAUCUGAACCACCCAUGAAGAAGUUCUCCUUUAGAAGUUCUCCUUCCGCUGAGUUACGAGGACGCUGACUCCUGCAUGACUGCAAGCUGAGCAGCAUGGGAGGGCAUCCAGGAGGUGGAAGAGGAGUGUUGCCAGCAGUAACCCAGCUCCAACUCUGUCAUCUGUAUCAUACCCUCCUUCCACCAGCCCUGUAGAGCCAGCUGGAUAGAUGGGACCCACUGGAUAAUAAGCCAUGGGGAUUGUGGAACCUAAAGGCCCAGCAGCCACAGACUGGGCCAUGGGAAGAUACAGAGAGGCUCCAGGAAAUGCAGCCAACAUGGUGGGGACUCUGGGUGCACAGUGCUCAGAUGAUAGAGCUCUGAGUAGGCAGGUGGUGCAUCAAUAUAGGGUGGAGCCUGAGGAAUAUGCAAGGUCUGAGGGCAUACUGGAUUCCCAGGAGGCUGCACAGGGUAGGUUGACUGUUCAUGGUGGCUGUGGGUUCGCUUCAUCUUGACAUUGCCAGGCCAGUGGUUCUUAAUGGACAUUGCAGGUCAGACUUGUCUAUGGAGUUUAUAAAUAUACAGGUAUCUAGGCACUGCUUUGGACUUCCUGAAUCUCUAUACUUUAUAUUGGUAUUAAAAAAUUAUGUAUCAGGAUUAUUAUUUUAUAUCAUAAAAUAUUUUCCUGUAUGGAAAUUUGUCCAUUUAUCUUUAUAAACCCUAUCCAAUAUUCAGACUUAUUUGAAAAUAGGCUUAAUCCUAUCCCAAGAGACAUUUUGUAUAAAAUGUUUGAAAUGGCUUUAUUAUCUUUGUUUUGCCUGCCACAGAAACAACCAAAUUUCCUUUCAAUUUUUUUUUUUUUUUUUUUGAGACAGAGUCUCAGUCUGUUACCAGACUGGAGUGCAGUGGCGCAAUCUUGGCUCACUGCAACCUCCGCCUCCUGGGUUCAAGCGAUUCUCCUGCAUCAGACUCCCCAGUAGCAGGGACUACAGGUGUGUGCCACCCCACCCAGCUAAUUCUUGUAUUUUUAGUAGAGACAGGGUUUCACCAUAUUGGCCAAGAUGGUCUCAAUGUCCCGAUCUCGUGAUCUGCCCACCUCAGCCUUCCGAAGUGCUGGGAUUAUAGGCGGGGCCCUCAAUUGCAUUGUCUAUCUUGAACUCUCUUGAGACUAUUCACAUUUGUAAAUUGUAACUAAAAUUUGCCUCCAGAAAAGUACGUCUGUUUGCUAAUAUUAGUUCCUAGUGGCUAUCAGUGAAUGUUUUGCAAACUUGAAUUAGGUAACAUUUUAAAGAAUAAAAAACAUGACUAACAUGCUAAAUUUAAAACCUAAAAGUAGAUCUUUUAUCUUAUAGCCUUGAAGCUUGUAAUCAGUAGAAUUUUCCUAACUAAAAAGCACUGGAUGUCAUGCCUGUAAUCCCAGCACUUUGGGAGGCUGAGCGGGCGGAUCACCUGAGGUUGGGAGUUUGAGACCAGCCCAACCAACAUGGACAAACUUCAUCUCUAAAUUAAAAAAAAAAAAGCAUUGGAUGAAUUAUUUACUACUUCCAAUGACUUUUGCAGGUAUCGCUUCUGUAUGGAAAUAAUCUUUCAUUUUUUAUAGGUAUAACAGAAUAAAGCAUUAACAUUUAAGAUAAUUAAUUUUAAAUAGGAAACGAUUUCAUUUUUUUGUGUUAAGAAAUGUAAGGCUAUCCUAGAGUAUAGGAGUUCUGUGAUUUUCUUCUGUAUAAAAAUCUCAUUUAAUAGUGGCUGUAUUAUCAGAUACUUACCUGAUUAUAGUAAUUCAUCGACACAUCUCCUUCCUUUGGUGAUUAUCUCAUUUGCAUUUGCCACAUGUGGGUGAUUUCUAAACACAUUGCAGAAUUUGGACCUGUAAACCAGUGGCUUUGGUGAUAAAUAAAAGGAUGCAUUCAGUAAUAUUUACCUUUGUCUUAAUGCCCAUAAUCUUAUGAAUUGAAAAUGCUGAAGAAAAAGAAUAAAUAGAAAGCUACUAAUUCAACAUUUGCUUUUCAUGGUACGUUUUUCAUGUUUCCUUGGAAACUUACAUUUUGCAAAUGUAACAAUAAUAGUAAUAACAUAACUUUAUCAUUUAAAAAAUUACCCAUUCAUUUUUCAAACUUGACUUUUGGCUGGGCAUGGUGGCUCACACCUGUAAUCCCAGCACUUUGGGAGGCUGAGGCAGGUAGAUCACGAGGUCAGGAGAUCAAGACCAUCCGAGGUGUACGUGUGUCUGUUUGUGUGUGUGUUUCCACAUAUAUGAUGGCUGUCUCAUUAUUUAAAUUAAUUUAUAAUUAUUUUUCAGUGUAUAGCGUGAUUAGCUGCUUGUAAUGCUGUUACAAUGUAACAUUGUAAUGUAACAUGAAGAAAAAUUAGGAUUUAGGUGGGAUUUUUAAAAAUUUAUCAAUUAAAAAUAAACUUUUAAAAAGAAGUCUUAUUCCAAUUGGGCCUUUAAAAUUUUUAUUUUUGGUAAUAAUAUAUUUCAACUUAAGAUGUAUUAAAACUAGCAGUUCUCUGAUAAUCAGUGUACUAGUCAACAUUAAAAUGCUAUUUUAGGUUGUCUUCUUUUGGUAACAUUUUCUGACACUAAGCAACGUGUUUUACAGUGAGCUGAACAUACAAAUUCAUAAAUGCUUUCUCCUUAUUUUGAAGGAAAAAAUACUUGUCUGUAUUAGACAUAAUUAUUUUGUUCUUCAGAAUAUUAAAAUUAUGUUAAUCAAUAAACACUUUUAAGAAGUCGUUCUGAUAGGAUGGUAUCAGUAGUCAGACUUAAUUGAAAAACUGUCAGCCUCUUGUUUUUUAUAUAGGGAUUAAAGAGGAUAACUAUUUUUUCCUUUGGAAUUUUGAUUGUUUUUCUCAGAUGGCUUUUUAAUGAUUUAAUUAUAAUUUUCUAUUUUUCUUCCAGAAUUAUGACAUGUUAUAGUAGAUCUUACUAUUAAAGAUCUUUUAUAUUUUUAACUUUUUUUUCUAUUCUCCUUUUUAUUACUCUCAAAGACUGUGACUGAUGAACACCAUUACCAAACUUUUUUUGUGAUUAACUGCUUAUUUUAUAAUUAGGUUUACAUAAGAACACUUCUUAGAAAACUGUGGGCUUCUUGGUUCUAUUCAGAAACUCUUAACAGGUAUGGCUUUCAUUCCUCCAACUGUUUGUUUGCUUUUAUAGACUUGGAGCAAAAAAUUUAGCAAAAAGUAAUCAGAUAUCUGGCUAGACAGUCAUUUUCUCUCAGAUUCAUUGCUAUAAAAAUCAAUCUGCUGAGGCAUAAAAAUAUGAAACAUAUUUAAUUCACCUCUUUGGUCAGCUUUUCUGGGACUCCAGUAGCAUUUCAGUGUUAUAGAGAGUAACAGUGAUUUAAAUGCAUGUAAAUGCAAAUAGUCAAUUCAGAGCAAGAUAAUUGAAAAUUCAGAAUGACUUGUUUUUUGAAAGUACCUGGAAAUUGUGCUGCUACUUAAAUAUUGAAGGAAUUCAGAAAGUUGUGUAUUUAUCUUGAAAUGUUCCUUCUCAUUCUACUGGAAUUGACCAUGAAAAAGAAAAUAUUGCACCUUGUAUAUAUCUAAUUAUUGACUGUGCAAACUGUGACUCAGUGGAUAUUUGUAUGCCCCCCAAAAAUGUUUUAAAGUUGAGCAAGUUUUAAUAAAUAUGUGUAAAUAAUUUUGAUUAUUAUUCUCAUUGUAGGUAAGUUACUGUUAGUUUGGUGAAUUACAUUCUUUCCUUCCCCAUCCUUUUAAAAUUAAAUAUGUAAGAUGUAUGUUUUGUUUUAUUACAUAAAGUGCUAUUUUUAGAAAAUUCA